CCCACCUCCUCUGCAAUCUGCAGCCUGAGGAGGGAGGUGAGUUAAUCUAAUACAUGUGUAGUGUGAUUAAAGGAAGAGCUUCAUUGCUGUUGACAUUUCAGAUGAAUGUGAAGCUUGGCGAGAUAUUAAACACUCUGGAAUCACAGUGAAAACAGGAGCAGCGAGGCGGAAACAGAAGGAGUUAAAAGUCUGGACCUGUCACAAGGAGAUCUCCCUCCUCUUCCUCCUCCUAAUCCUCCACCUCCUCCUGCCGACUCCUCGGCUGCUCGCUGCCCGUCUCACCACCUGUCAGUCCACACUCUUCGUCCACUUGUUUGUGCAGGAAUCUCCUCCACUCCCAUAAUCAAAGACUCUAUGACGGUGCAGAGAGGAAAGAAGCUCAGCAUCUCCAUCCAGGAACACAUGGCCAUAGACGUCUGCCCUGGUCCCAUCAGACCCAUCCAACAAAUCUCUGCCUACUUCCCCCGCCUGUCCCCCACGUCUCCCACCCCUACCUCUCCGAACCCCUCCUCCUCCCCGGUGGCCCUCAGCCCCCCAGCGGGGUCCGCGAUGGGCAGGGCCCACCUGCUGUCGCCCCUGCAGGCCCACAGCAGGUGGGGUCCGGGUGGCUCCUCGUCCCAGAACAGCAGCAUGGACACGUCGGUGGAGAUCAAUAGUGACGACAGUGACGACUGCACUGCUCUGGGAACGCUGGAGUUCGAGCUUAGAUACGACCAGAGCUCCAGCGAGCUGCACUGCACCAUGCUUCGAGCCAAGGGUCUGAAGCCGAUGGACUUUAAUGGUUUAGCUGAUCCGUACGUCAAACUGCACCUGCUGCCUGGAGCCAGUAAGGCCAACAAGCUGAAAACAAAGACGAUCCGAAACUCCCUGAAUCCUGUCUGGAAUGAAACGCUCACCUACUUCGGGAUCACGGAGGAGGACAUGCACAGGAAGACGCUCAGGUUGACCGUCUGCGAUGAGGACAAGUUGACCCAUAAUGAGUUGAUCGGAGAAUCCCGAGUUCCUCUGAAACGUAUGAAACCCAACCAGACCAAACAUUUCCACACCUGCCUGGAGCAUCCACCACCGCUGCCCUCACCCACUGCCAUGGGUGAAGCCCUCAGAGGAAUAUCCUGCUAUCUAAGAGAGUGGGAGAACGAGCAGCUGCACAGCCUGGAGGAGAGAGGUCGUCUGCUGCUCUCCCUCCAGUUCCUGCCUCCCGUCUGUCCAGACGAUACUGAUGCAGAUGGAGGAGGUGAAAGCCGGCGCAGUGGAGGUCUCUGUGUGGGUGUGAAGCGCUGUGCUCACCUGGCAGCCAUGGACGUCAACGGAUUCUCCGACCCCUAUGUCAAAAUAUAUCUGAAGCCCGACAUUCAGAAGAAAUCUAAGCACAAAACAGCAGUGAUGAAAAAGACACUCAACCCUGAAUUUAACGAGGAGUUCUUCUAUGAGAUCUCGCUGUCGGAGCUGUCCAAGAAGACUCUGGAGGUGACCGUGUGGGACCAUGAUCUUGGACGCUCCAAUGACUUCAUCGGUGGUGUCUGCUUUAGUUGCCGUUCCCAGGGAGAUGCCCUCCGUCACUGGAUGGACUGCCUGAAGAACAAGGGUCAGCGGGUGGAGCGGUGGCACGUCCUGACCAACGAGCUGCCGCGGAGCUUCGUCCACAGCUAACAACAUCCGCCACCGCCUCCACGCAUGCAGACAGCCACUGUCAGGGAUCACAUAUUUCAUGCAGAUCCUCUGCAUUCAUCUUGGGAUAGAAACCUUCACAGGAACAGGCCACGUGGAGUGAAGCCGGUGAUUGGUGUGCCUUCAUCACUGAUCAUCUGGAAAUAUUGAGCCCAUUGACUCUGUCAUCACCUACUCUCUGCACUCACUACCACAGGGACCUAAUUGAACUCCAGCUCUGUAAAUUAAUAAAGGAAGAACCACCUUCAGCAUGUUUACAUUAACUGCAGCGGACAACUCAGUCAUGUCUGGAUAACUUCUGGUUCAUGUUUUUCUACAGUUUAAAACCAGAUGUUAUUUUUCUGAACAAAACCCAUCACUGCAUGAAGCUAGUCAUUAUUAUAAUGAAUUAUUAGUAUAAUCUGUGAAGUCUUGCAUUAUGGAGCCUCUAAACUGCCAUCUCAGAUUUUUAUUUAAUGUUAGCUGUGCAAACUGUGGGGACUAAAACUGCCCAGAUUAUUAACGUAUGCAGAGAAAAGACAUCUUCAGCUGGAUGGCUUGGAUUUCUGCCAUGUAUCUCCACAAGUCAGAUAACUCCAUCAGAGAAUCAAUCAUUGACCCUUGACCCAAGGAGGCCUGAUACCAAUUAGACAUAUAAACCACCUUGUUCUCAAACCUGGUGCUUGUUACGGUCAUCUCAUACCUCGGCACCGUGGCCCAGCUUCUUCUGAUCUUCUGGUUCAGAACAGGCCGUUGGUCUCAAUCUCAUCUUUCCAGAAGACUCUGUCCAGAACUCUAAAGAGUCCGGGAAUCUGAACUGGCACCAGUCAGAACCUUCCAUUUUGUAUUAUUCAUAAUAUCAUUUGAUAUCACUUUUGCUUGCUCAGAACCAUUCCUGAACUGACUGGAUCAUUUUUGGAAUAGUAAUUAAUUUAUAGCCCUAUGGAACGUUGCAGAUGAUCUGGUUGGAGACCGUCGACCUGGUAUGAUUUUCUUUACCAGAUCAGUUAACAAAGAUCUUAAGAACUUGUGGAUCAUCCUGUCAGCAGACCCACUUUAGAUGUUAAAGACUUUAUUGUUCAUCAGCUGGAAGGACUGAGGAGACAUCAUGCUGCUGGACCACAUGAAGCUGAAAAAUGAUGCAUGUUCAUUUUAACACAGAUGCUUUUAAACCAUAUAUGAAUGAUUUGAGAAUUAUUACAAGACCUUAUCAUUUUGGCUACAUAAACUGAACAUUUGUGGACUACUGAUUAAGAACAAUUAGAAAUCACCAAUAAUGAGGAAAGUCAAUUAUUGCUUAAAUUAAUAUUGAUUGUCAAUCAGGCUCAGAAACAUCUAUAAAAGAAUCCCUGCUGGUACUUCAGGGGCUCCGUAAUUCCCCCAUUUACAUGAGACGAUGUUAUUAUGGUAAAACAGUGCAGCAUGCUGUGGGACAUUUACAUGUAAUUCAGAAGCAUCCACUGCAUGUCUUUAAAAACUGCUUUUUCCGAUGAAACGUGCACUGAUAGGUUCAUUUCCAAGUGUUUAUACCAUAAACAUGAUCAGAUUUC